AUGUCAACCAUAUGGAAACACUCUUAUAAAGGUGGUGAGUGGAGACCAUAUAUAAACAAGUCUUCAGGAGGCCUACCUGAGUCAAAUGGCUAUAUAUAUGUUGAGGCAAAUGGAGGCUUGAAUCAGCAGAGGACAUCGAUAUGCAAUGCGGUUGCUGUUGCUGGCUAUCUAAAUGCAACACUUGUAAUUCCCCAUUUUCAUUUUCACAGCAUUUGGAGAGAUCCUAGCAAAUUUGAAGAUAUUUAUGAUGAAGAUUAUUUUGUUAGAACCUUGGAAAAUGAUGUGCGGGUGGUUGACAAGAUCCCUGGGUACAUAAUGGAACGUUUUGACCAUAAUGUGAGUAAUGUAUACAACUUUCGAGUGAAGGCGUGGUCAUCCAUCCAAUAUUACAGGGAUACCGUUCUCCCGAAGCUACUUGAAGAAAAGGUCAUAAGGUUUUCUCCUUUUGCAAACCGAUUGUCAUUUGAUGCUCCACCAGUGGUUCAACGUCUAAGAUGCAUGGCAAAUUAUGAGGCUUUACGUUUUUCAAGCCCCCUUUUAACAUUGGGUGAAACUUUGGUAGCAAGAAUGAAAGAACGUAGUGCUAAUAAUAGUGGCAAGUACAUUUCUGUGCACCUUCGCUUUGAGGAGGAUAUGGUUGCAUUUUCUUGUUGUAUAUAUGAUGGUGGCGAGAAAGAAAAACGUGACAUGGAUGCUGCAAGGGAGAGAGGUUGGAAGGGGAAAUUUACGAAACCUGGUAGAGUUAUUCUUCCUGGAGCUAUCAGAAUCAAUGGAAAAUGUCCUUUAACCCCUUUAGAGGUUGGCCUGAUGCUUAGAGGAAUGGGGUUUGAUAAAAGCACAUCCAUUUAUUUAGCAUCUGGACAGAUAUACGACUCUGAGAGAUAUAUGGCUCCACUAUUUAAAAUGUUUCCCCUGCUACAAACAAAAGAGAUGCUGGCAUCUGCUGAGGAACUAGCUCCAUUUCAGAAUUAUUCUUCCAGGAUGGCUGCCAUAGACUACACUGUUUGUCUUCAUAGCGAAGUAUUUGUGACAACUCAAGGUGGAAACUUCCCUCAUUUUUUAUUGGGCCACAGAAGAUAUUUGUAUGGUGGACACUCGAAGACAAUCAAGCCUGACAAACGGAAGUUAGCAUUAAUAUUUGACAAUCCCAAUAUUGGGUGGAAAAGCUUCAAGCGGCAAAUGCUGAAUAUGCGAGCUCAUAGUGAUUCAAAAGGAAUUGAGCUCAAAAGACCAAAUGACUCGAUAUAUUCAUUCCCGUGCCCCGAUUGCAUGUGCCGUGUGAACAAAACAGAGGACUCGAGAUCACCAUCUGUGACGUGAUUUGCCACCAGAAUAUAUUUCGGAGGUGUUUCAAUUCAUGUAAUUUUGUGUGCACAUCUAGCUGGCUAACCCCCCCUUUUUCCGAUUCUAUUCAUUCAUUCUUUACCCCUUCCAUUGGGAGAGGGCACACACUUGGGACCUUUGGAGCUCCAAGGAUUUGUUAGAAGACAUCAAUCUGACCGUUGUCAAGUUUGAGUCUGAGUGUAACUGCAUUUUUUGUACAUGAUACCAGAAGAGACCACGAAGAAGAUUUGCCCACUUCUGGAGUUUCCCGGGCAUUAUUUUCACAUCUUUGCAUCUUGUCGCAGCUGCUGUAUCCAAGAAGCUGUGAAAUGGCAUAUUGCUUACUUCUACACCCUGGUGAUUCUGUAUUUGUAUUUUACAUUAAUUCGUUCAAACACCACACGUAGGACUUUCCAACCAGGAUGAGCUGUAUACAUCUACCAUAAUCAGGUACUCAAAUUUUUCCUUUUGGAAGUCAGCAAACUUUGUUUUUUGAAGCUUGGUACCCCAAGUGUCCUUUUCUUUUCUUCACCAUUUCUUUGUAGUGUAUUGUGCAAAAGUUUUUUUGUAGUUGAUGUUAUUUCCUUGCGUCAAACUGCAAGGCUAUUCUUCUAUUAUGUGUCAUGAAAUUGCUUGAAAUAGGAAAUCUGACUCGGGAAAAAGGAGGAAGAAGCAGUCAAUUCAUGCAUACUCCCAAAGGCAUAUUGGCGCAUAUUCGAAGGUAUAUUGGUGGAAUACUCGAAGGUAUAUUACCUUGGCUUGCAGAAGAACGGAUAGUAGAACAUUGCGAAUUAGAGAUUCUGUAAUAUACUCUUUCCCGAAACUUCUCAUACAAUCCAACCCACUAAAAUGAAAGUAGGAAUCAUUCUCCGGACGGAAUUGCAUCUUCAUUAUUGGUCUGCAGUUCUAUGCCAUUUCCACAUUUUGACUUGGUUUCUGGUCUUCACAGAUUGUUUAUUUUACAUUGCACAGUACUUUAAUUGCUCAAACUAAGAAGGGGAAUUCUAUGGUAUCGGA